UGUAUAUAUACUAGUGAUAUACUAGAUCGUUCGUUAGAACAAUCAGACACUAUGGCUCGUUUAUUUAUUAUAGUAUUAUUAUUUCCUAUAGUUUUUUCUAAGCCUCGUUCGGCUUACGAUAGUGAGUUAUCGUACGAAGAUUACCAAGAGAUAUUGCAACUGAAAGCUCUUACAAAACAAUAUGAAGCAGCUGGUGUGGCAUUUGAACCCCUAGACGCACUAAAAUUCGAUGAUAGUGACAUUUCUUUUUACGUUUAUACUAAAAACGACGUGAACGGCACACAAGUGCUUUACAAUGAAGGCAAUCAGAUAGCGAACAUCAGUUCUUUCAAUACCAGCUUAAGGACAGUCUUUGUUGCCCAUGGAUGGAAAAAUAAUUACAUUUCAACUGUUGGCACUGUCCUUAAAGAGGCCCUAUUCGAAACAGAAGACCUGAAUGUAAUUCUGCUAGACUGGGAUGCGUACGCUAAUAACGUAUAUAUAACCUCUUACAACGCUGUGCCAAAGGUUGGCAGAGUUACAGGACUGUUUAUUAAAAAUAUCACUAGUUCUUACAAUUAUUCCACCGAUAAUAUUACAAUUAUGGGUCACAGUUUAGGAGCCCAUAUAGCGGGCUUUGCCGGGCAGGAAACCAAUGGCUCCUUGGCAUUUAUCCUAGGUAUGGAUCCUGCUGGAGUGCUUUAUUUCGAAAAUUUUCCAGACGCUCGUCUAAGUGAAGGCGAUGCGCAAUACGUAGAAGCGGUUCAUACCGACGCAUCUCUAUUGGGUGUUUAUUACAGUGUAGGCAACUCAGAUUUUUGGCCCAAUGGAGGCAAAUCCCAGCCUGGGUGCGAAUUGGAUGUAUUUGGAUCUUGUGCCCACGGCAGGUCCUAUUUGUACAUUGGCGAGUCUAUAACAAACAAUAACUUUUACUCUAGGGAGUGUGAUAGCUAUAGUGAUUAUAUUGCUGGCGAAUGUACUAAUAAUAUAGUAGCUAUGAUGGGUGGGCCAACACAUAACACAUCAAUUACUGGAAACUAUUAUUUGAGAACAAAUUCUUCCUCGCCAUACUCCUUGGGUGAUAUUAGCUCUUAGGUGUAAAAUUGUACAAUUAAUCGAAUUUAAACAAUAUUUUUAGCCUAUUUUUUAAAUAUUCUCAUAAGUAAAAAAGAUAUUUUUGUUUAAUUUAUUUACACUCUUGAAAUACGUAAUUUUUAAUAUAUAUAUUUUUUUUGUUAGUCUAACACAACUAAUUCUCUAAAAGAAAGAUCUUAUUUAAAUAAAACAACAAACCUAC